UAAAUUUUACAUUGAGGGAAAGAGAAAAAACAACAAAAUGAUGCUAUAGAGUAAAUUAUAAUGUAUUUUUAUGCUCCGUGACAGCUGGGAUAGACCUCAACACAAAAAGGGAAACUGAUUAAAUCAAUCUCUACAUCCACGUACAGAGUUAUUGAGUUCAUUUAUAAUUUAUUCAUUUUUAUUCGAAACACAUAAUCAAACAGUAGCACAAAAGAUAUUAGCCUUCAUCAACAAAUAGACAACAAAAAUCACUGUGGACAAAAAAUCAUUUAUGUUGCCUACAGAUCAAAUUAUUGACAAUAUUGUCAGAGCUUUUUUAUGGUGUGAAGCUGUGAGGAACUGUGGGGACAUUUAAAAACAGACAAAAACAAAAAAUAUAUAUAUUUUUAUUCUUUUUAAUCAAUUUCUUAAUUUUUAUGGUGUAAAAAUGUGAGAAACUGGGUGGAAAAAUUAAAACAGACCAAAAACAAACAAAAUAUGUUUUUUUUUUUAAAUCAAUUUCUGAAAUUUUAUGGGGAAAACUUUGAUGAAUUGGGUGGAAAAUUAAAUCAGACAAAAACAAACAAACAAAAAAAGUCAAUAUUUUCUCUUUUAAUCAAUUUAGUUUUCAUGGUGUAAAACUUUGCGGAACUGGGUGGAAAAUUAAAUCAAACAAAAAAUGCAAUUUUUUCCCCUUUUUAAAUAAAUUUCCCAAUCUUUAUGUUGUAAAACUGUGAGGAACUGGCUGACACAUUAAAAAAGACAAAAACAAACCAAAUUUUCAGUUUUUUAAAUUUCUUUUCAUUCAAUUUCUCAAUUUUUAUGGUGUGAAACUGUGAGGAACUGGGUGGAAAAAUUAAAACAGACAAAAACAAACAACAUUUUUAAAAUUUUUCCCCCUUUUUAAUCAAAUUCUCAGUUUUUAUGGUGUAAAGCUGUACGGAAACUGGUCGUUAAAUUAAAACAGACCAAACCAAAUUAAAAAAUGUAAUUUUUCCCCCCCUUUUCAAUCAAUAUCUCAAUUUUUUGGUAGGUUUUAAUGAAUCAAUGACUUUUUAUAAAUUAUACGAAGUAAACAUACGACGUUUGACCUAAUUAUCUAAUUAUAGACCCAGUCAUGCUGAUGUGGAGUCGGUUCCGGUGUUUUCUCUUAAUGGACCGGGGGUAAAGGAUCCCCUUCUCUCCCCCAUCCCGCUGCUCCGUCAUCCCGUCGCGCCGGAAAAGGCAGAGCAGCGGAAAAAGGAGGCGUUGCCCUCCAACAACACAUCAGCUGCAAAUUUAUGCAAAACAGUAAAAAGCACCGAAGAAGCUGCUGCAGCUGCUGCUCCAGUGAAGAGACGGGAAAACAUCGCCUACAGCGGGGCUCCGUGGCCGCAGAGCCGCUCAUAGCCGUUCAACAGCGGGCAGCCGGUGCAGGAGCAGGCGGAGAAACCCGGACCCGGCGACGGUAAGCACGAACCCGAGAGAGCCCCCCGUUAACGAGCCAGACGGGAGCAGCGGUUAGCGGGAUGCUAAGAGGAGUAGCCUCCGGUCCGUGCAGAAACAUGGAGGUCUAAAACAUGGAGGCUAGCUGCUAACAUUAGCUCAGUGUUUGGUACCGAGAGGAUGAUUUCAGAUAGAGAGAGAGGAGGAUUUUACACACCGAGCGACCGACCGCUGCUGCUGGGACAGGAGCGUGUGUGUGUGCGUGUACGUGCGUGAGUGCGUGCGUCUGUGUUUGUGGAGGAGGAGGAGGAGGAGGAGGAAGGGUGAUGUGGAGAUAAGGCAGGGAUUUAAAUCACAUCAGAUUUAUACUGGUCAGAAUUAUACGGUGGCCGAAAACCGCCACUGCUGCAAAUUAAAAAAGAAGUAACAACCGAAGCUACUGAUAAAAAAAAGAAACAGUGCAGAUAAAUUUUUUAAAAAAAGCCACAACAGAAGUUAAUGAUGCAAAAAAAAAAAAAAGUGGUGACGCAAAAAAAAAAAAGUUACUUGCUGCUAAAAUAAAAAGGAUGCAGAUAUUAAAAGCCACUACUUUGCUCGUCUUCUUGUCUGCACCGUUUCUUUUUGUGAUUUGCAGCAGACUUUGGUUUCUUUUUUUUCUGCAUGGGUAACUCCCGUUGUGACUUCUUUUUUUUUUUUCAUUCUUUUUUAUUUGCAGCAGUGGCGGUUCUCAGCCACCGUAGAUUUCUGCCCAGAAAAAAACAAAAACAGAAAGAAAGAAAAAGAAAACUAUUUCUAUAUUUUUAAAGAACUCAUCUCAGUUUCUCAAAGGUAAAAGAAGGAAAAAGUGAAACUCCUCUGGGCCAAAUUUUGGUCACAUUUUGGUGUUUGCUGUUACCAUCAGAAACAGGUUCACCAUCAUAAGGAAUUUGCAUAAAAUAGAAAUGGAAACACAUUUAUCCUGUGGUCGUUACUAAAGUGGGUAUAACUAGAAAAGCAAGCGUUCAGCAACAUUCAUCUCUCGAGGGAGUGUCUAACUCGGUGUUACGGUGUGUUUGACCCUAAAUUAAUUUUACGCCGUAAUAUCCUCUUAAAGAAUAGAUUAAUUUUAGCAAUGCAGCCAGAGCUUUGAUGGAAGAAACUGUGCAUUUCUUGCAUGUGUUCGUGGUUGUAGCUCAUUAAUCGUGCAAAUGUGGAAGCAUUUUAAAGAGUGUUUUAAUCUCUGCUGUGGAGCGUUCAUGUUCGGCUUCAAGGAGGAAAGAUAAAACCAAAAAGGGUUUUCUGGAAAAGCUCAGAUCUUGGCCCAGCUGUAUGAUUUUCAGUCAGCAUGUGCAGCUGUUACAGUCCCAGUCCCAAAAAAGUUGCGAAGUUGUGUAAAACGCUGGACAGAUUUUGAUGGUUUGCAAAUUAUUUUAACUCGUUAUUUAAUGAGAAUACAGCAAAUGCUUAUUUUACCUUUGAAGCCAGGAGGACGCUUCAAAAAAGUUUGGAUAGGCUCAAGAAACACUAAAAAGUUGUGGAAAAAACAGCUGGAGGAAUAUCUUUGAACUAAUUAGGUGAAUUUGCUUCAAGUCAGUCACAUGACUUGUUGAAAACGGUCACUCCAGAGAGACUGAGACUCUCAGGAGAGGGAUUCGGCUCUCUGUGAGAGACUGUGUGAGCCGCGAUCUUCAUCACUACAUGACUCUGUAACAGAAAAUAUCUCUGGACUCUGCUGUCCUGGAGUGAAACCUGUGCCCCGAACGACCGUGUGUGUAACACAGGCUGGUUUCUAAUCAGAGAAAGUGUGUCGUGUGUGUCUGUCAGUGUGCGUCUUCAAGUGUGUAAAUUAUGUGCGCCUCCUUGUGUCCCUUCAGACGACAUGGAGACAGAUGGAGAGCAGAACCAGCAGGGGGCCUCAACCAAUGGGAGCCCUGCAUCUGGGACGAAUGCCCGUCCCUCUCCCAUGAAUUCAAUGUCUCUGUAUGAAAGACAGGCUGUGCAGGUAGGUGUGUGUGUGUGUGUCUUUGUUCAGCGUUUUUAUUUGUGCUGGAGCUGUCAGAGGUUUUGUCUCCAGUUCACAUCCUUUCAUUUUCUUCAAACUGCUGCUUUUCUCUCCUUACAACAGUUGAGCUUCACUGUUUAGAACAUUCAGAGAAAUUUUCUGUGCCAAUUUAUUUUUCCAUGAGUAAUUUGGGGGAAAAUUUGAGAUUUUUUCUUAGCACUCGGGAAAAAGAAUCAACAUUUUUCAUAAUUUUUGGGUGCAGACAUGUUGUCACCUAAGAGAGAAGAGAAACGGGAGAUGAAUCAAAAAUAAAUCAGAUUACCAAGGAUAAUUUUUCACUCAAAAGUCAUGUAUUUAUUUAAAAAAACAUCACUUAUGUCUUUAACUUUUCUUGUUAGGACUUUUCAGGUGAAAUCAACUCAUAACAUGUUAAAGAAAAACACUUGAUCCAAGUCAGUACAGUUUCUGCAGGUUUCAACAGGUCAAAUUUAAGACUUUUAAAGACUUUUUUAAGACCAUAAUGAAUAAAAAUUAAAAUACAUUUUACACCCAUACUUGCAAAAAAGUACAAAAGACAUGAAGGGAGAUCUGAACAUUUUAAACUAACUUCAAAUCAGUCUGUAUUUGAAAGUAACAUCAAUACAUUUUAAGACCUUUCAAAUUUAUAUUUAAGACAUUUUAGAAGAUUAUAAAAGAAUUUUAGACAUUUAAAGGCCUUUAAAUUAAAAUGAUCGAAUUUUAGACGUAUUAAGACUUUUUAAGACCAUAAAAAAUACAAUUUAAGAUCCAUUUUACACCCAUACUGGCAAAAAAAGUACAAAAGACAUGAAGGGAAAUCUGAACAUUUUAAACUAACUUCAAUUAAUCUUUAUUUCUAAGUUACAACAAUACAUUUUUAAGACCUUUUAAAUUUGUAUUUAAGACAUUUUAGAAGAUUAUAAAAGAAUUUUAGACAUUUAAAGGCCUUAAAUUAAAAUGAUAGGAUUUCGGACAUUUUAAGAUUUUCUAAGACCCUGCAGAAACCUUGUUUUGAUCGACACUAACUUGGCUGAUCUGCUCAGUAAAGAGCGAUGUAUAGAGAGCAGGUGGUUAUGCCAAACUGAAUCCUUUCAUAGUAAGACACCUAUGCUAAGUACAGGGUGUCUUGUCUCACUAUAUAAUAAUGAGGCUUUGACCAAUCAGAAUCAAGUAUUUAACACAGCCUUGAUUUAUAAGAGAGCUGGGUGAUAAUGCAGGUAGAAUAAUCAGAAUCAACCUUUUGGAGCUUAUUAAAAAUCAUUAAAGUCAUUUGUUUGUAUUAGUUUGUUUCUUUACCUCCAGAGGCAAAAAUCAGGUUAAUGUGGUUUCAGGUAAUUAACUUUCAUUAGAGCUUUGUUUGGCUGUAAGGCACAAUCCUGCCUGCAAUAAAGAUCGAGUUAUUGCCCACUCUUGAAUUGAUGUUCCCUGUAAACUUGUCAGAAGUCAUUAGCUGUAGCGUGACGAAAAAAACGAUUUUACAGCCUGCUUUUGUUGGACAGUCUGUUUUUUUAUGUACAGGUAGAAAAGGCUGCAGCUGUUUUAUCUUGAAGUUUCAGUGGUGGGAAGCAGAGAUGAGUGAGAGAUGGAGGUGAAGGUUAGGGAGAUUGAGUCUUGCAGUGUUGAUGGAGUCUCUGUGUGAUUUUCUCAGGCUUCUGUCACCGCGCUCAGCCAUCUGUCUUUGUCACCGUGCGCUCACUAAUCCAGCCCGCCACGCUCGCUUUCAUCCCGCAACUUAUUACUGUACCAGCCUCUGCUCAUACAUCAAGCAGCUGGCACCCCCCCACUCUGCCUCCUCUGCCCUCAUUCCUCUUACUCCACUUUCUCCCUCUCUCAUUUUUCACCGUACUCCUCAUCCUUUUUCAUCUUUUGUCUCCUCUCUCCUCCUUUUUGACGCCAUGUUCUCUCUUUUCCUCCUGCUUUCCUUCUCUUGUCAUGUCCUCUCUUGUUCCUCUCCUCCCUUAUCUCUCCCUCCAUCGCCUAACUGCUGGUUGAUUUAUUUCAUUCUUCCACUCCUCCUCCUCUUCCUCCUCCCUCCAGGCCCUGCAGGCGUUACAGAGGCAGCCGAAUGCAGCUCAGUACUUCCAGCAGCUGAUGCUGCAGCAGCAGAUCAACAACGCCCAGCUGCAGAACCUGGCAGCUGUGCAACAGGUCAAGGUGCAGAAACACUCAUAACAGUAAACAUCUCAUACACUGUGGCAAGUCAAUUUCUAUGACUACUUUACGACAAAGCAGGUUCCACUUUAGAUACUGAAACGAUAAUACUUAUAACAAAGGGUAAAAACGAAGAGCAGAGAUGGUGGAAAAAAGGAAACAAUGGCGGCAUACAAAGGGUUUUUUUCUGCCUUUUGAAUAUCUUUGCAUCGUUCAAGAGUCAAAACUUGUGUGCAAUCUACGCCAUAAUAUUGAUAACUCAUGCAGUGGUUAUAGCCUAUCCUUCUGGAUAACACUCGUUUUCAUCUAUUCCUAACUUCUCCGCUCUUCGUCCUCUCAGGCUACUCUGGCAGCAAGUCGUCAGUCCAGCCCUUCAAGCAGCAGCUCUUCUCAGACCACCAGCUCCACAGCUGUAAGCACCGAUUUCCACGACUGCACAACAGCCGGUCUCAUGCUGUCUACUGUGCUGAGAAAUGCUCCACAGGUAUGCAUUAAAAACAGCUUGACUCAAACUGUAAAGUUCCUCCUUUUCGCUUCAGGCCAGUGUGACGUCUGGAUCAGGAUCAACAACCAGCAGCCGUCCUUUGGGCGCUUCAGCGACGUCUACAAUCAGCCAGUCAGUGCUGCUGAGUGGGACUGCAGGGGGACAGGGGCAGAUGUACCUGAGGGUACGUUUGACUCUUUUCAUGGACUUUCAAGUAUUUUAUAUUAAAAAAAAAAUAGCUUUCAUAAAGAGUAAAAAGAAGUGGCAAAUAGGGAAAGAUGAAUAAAACAGUAAAUUGAACUCAGUUUUAAAAACAACUUCCUUACAGACAGAAAAAGAUUUUAUUUAACCCUCUUGAUAGUUAAAAAACAUGAUUUCAUUUUGCAUCAAAGUUGUUUUUUUCUUGAAAUUGUGCUUCAUUCUCUUGAUUUAACAGAAAUAAAACUAGAAGAUUGUGCUCAGAAUAAUAUCACCUUGAUUUAAGAUAUUUGAUCUCGAUUAGAUAACAGUUUUAGUGUCGCAGCAGUCGUAUUAAUCAAGGAUAGAAGGUUUUCCACACAUGCUCUACAGCAGAACGUUAAAGCCCUGUGUAGUAGAUCAGACCUGACCUCCUGUUGGUUACCCUUUUGUUGACCAUCAUGUCAUCCUGCAGGUUAACCGUUCCCUGCGGGCGCCCAUAUCUUCACAGCUCAUCUUCAUGCCUGGCAGCACAGCAACAGCUGCCGUGGCAACGGUCACUCAGCAGCCCCAGGCUCAACAACAGGAAGCAACACCAGCGUCUUCUUCCGGCAGCCAACCGGACAGCGACCAGGUUUGCUGCGUUAAUGUGAUUGUGAUUUAAAUACUCCAUUUCCUUUGAGUUCAGUUUGCACCGCUCUGAUUCCUCAUGAUGAAUUUGCAUUUAAAUCACUUUGGUCUGCUCUCUUAACUUUCUCCAGGCGCAGAAUCUAGCCAUGCGAGGAGUGUCCAGUCCCAAAGGUGUGAAAACAGAAGCUCCAGAGGGGAGAGACUCGGGUAAGAAAGGAGUGAAGGGUGACCUGAAAACUGCAGGUUCCAAAAUCGCGAAGUCUUACUAUAACAUUCCUGUAAAGACUAUCCAAGCAAAGGAAAAAUGGCCACCAUAUGAACACAGAAAUUGUCUAUUUUAGUAGAUCUAUUGUUUUAAUUUACUGUCACAAGCAUUUAAAGUCACAUUUUUGAAGAUUCAGACACCACAGGGACUUUUUCUUAAGCAAGUAUUCACUGAUAAACCCACGAAAUCUCCAAAAUCCGGCAACUGGACUGUGUAGAGUUGAGGGGGGGGGGGUGGCUCUUUUAGAACCGAAGAAGCUUCUUGGAUAAACGGCAAAAUGUCUUCUCAACUCUACACAGUCCAGUUGCUGGAUUUUGGAGAUUUCAAGGAAAACCACAACCUGGAUGAAUGAGAAUCUACACGGACCUGCUGAUAAACCCACUGUGCCUUAUCAUUCAUGUCCAAAUAACAGACGAUGAAGAAAGUACGUCCUUUAAGCCUAUUAUACUUUUUAAGUAGUAGUUAAAAAAUGAGCCUUGGUCAUGAAUUUAUCAGCCAAACUCUGAACAAACAUUAUUUGGUCAAAUUUAUGUUCCUGAGCCGUUCAGAUCUGAUAACUGUUUUCUGUUUUGUUCAUUUUUCAGCAGCUUACUCCCUGGUCCAGCCCUCCCACCAAUCAAACUCCCAGUCCCCCACCAAACCAAGCCAGCCUCAGCCCCAGCCUCCACACAUCAAAAUCCCCACCUACCCACAACCCACCAACCUCAAAGCCCAUCCUUCCUCCUCCUCUGGUCCCUCCUCUUCCUCCUCCACCUCCUCCAUCCCUCUCUCUCAGCUCUUACUCCACGGUACCCGGACUCUCACCACAGGAACCACAGGAACCACAGCAGCACACGCACUGGUACUCACCACCUCUGCAGCCACUCAGCCCCAUGGAUAUCCCGUCGGCACGGCGACCAUCAAACCAGCGGUGAACGCUCAGACUCUGGUGGUGCAGCCGCUGCAGAAGACCUCGCUCAAUGCUGAGAAAUCCGGCCACGGUAACGGACCCAUCCCCAUCCAACCUAAAACCCUGCAGGGGCUCCGCCUGCCCCUUCAGCUCCCCUCCAGAAACCCACCACCCAUCCUGCCGGCCCCGCCUCCUGUCAGCUCGGCUCAGUCUCUGCAGCCGCCGCACAUCCCAGUCCAGAUCGUGGGGGCCAGGCAGAGCACAUUGGGAAACACACAAGCUCUGGCUUUGGCUCGGGGCAGCCAGGACGGAGCCGCUGUCCUCAGCAGCUCCUCCAGCCUGCUCACCAUGGUGGCCUCCAUCGCCUCCAGGGAGGGUGGAGUAGUAGGACGGGGGGUGGGUCUAAAGACGCUGCACUCCCCCCAAGAGGCUCCCCCGCUGGCUCAGGUGUCUCAGGUGCACCCACAGGCCAAUCAGAACUCUGGACAGAGCCAGAACGGACCCAUGGCAUCAAGCCCCGCCUCCUCACAGUCCCCCGCUGUUUCCUCUCCUCCCUCCUCCAUGUCUCGCUCUUCCCUCUCCCUCCCCCUGGUGGCAGAAGAGCAGAGAGGAGCGUCAGCUGCUGUAACGGCCAAUGGAGACUCAUCAGGGAGUCAGACCCCACAGGUCAGCAUCAGUCCUGUAGGCGAGGUCGUGUUUUUCUUUCUUCUGUUCAUUAAUUCAAACUCACUUCUUUCAGGGGAAGCAGUUGAGUGGCCCCCUAAAAAGAAAAUCAGACUCCAAUUCAGCCAAUGAUGAAGACGGCCCCUCCCCUCCACGGCUUCAACCAGUCAGAGACCACCCCUCAGUGCUCUCAACCAAUCCUGUUGAAGCAGGUUACUACACAGAAGUUUAACUGAGUUCAUGAAUAUUCUGACGUCAAAUUAAUUUAGGGUCAAACACACCGCAACACCAAGUUAGACACCCCCUUGAGAGAUAAAUUUUGCUAAACGCUUGUUUCUCUAGUUUUACCAACUUUAGUAACGACCGAUUGAUAGCAAUACACAGCGGUCUGAGGAGCCAUAAACAAACCUCAACCAAAACACCACUCUAUAGCCACAAAUAAUGCUCAGAACAGCACCUAACUUCAUCAACAGGACAUAUAGGGUCCCAGCCGUAGUACUAGCCACCAAACAUCUUUUUAACUUUGACUCAUUUCUUUAGCAAAGAGACAAAACACAACUCAUCUACUCUCCUCCAGCAGCAGCUUGUUUCUAGUGAGACCUCAAGCCAAUUGAUUACAGACUACAGCGGGUUGACGCAGCUCAAGGAAGAACAUUUGUGAUCAUUUCUUUAUCAUUUCCUUGAAGUAAUAAUCAUCAUAUUAAUCAUUUUGCACUGCAGACGCGGUAGUUCUUCUGCUUUAACGUCUCAGUCCGAUUGUAUUUCCAUGAAGUAAUAAUCAUAAAUGUUCUUCCUUGAGCUGCGUCACCCUGCUGUAGUCCAUAAUGGACUGGCCCAAGUUUCUGUAGUCCUGAGCAUCUCCUCUGCUCCUCUCUCUAGGCUCUGAAGCUCCGCCCCCCACUUCCUCCUCGCCAGUAUUAACAGUGUCCCGCGGGGUCUGCGGUCAAGGGGAGAGAGCUCCUCCCCCUCAAGCUGUGGUCAAACCAAACGUUCUUACUCAUCUCAUAGAGGGCUUCGUCAUCCAAGAGGGGGCAGAGCCUUUCCCUGUGAGUGCAUCAUGGGAUAUUUGUCACUCUGAGUGUAAACCACAAGUUUGAUUCUGGUCUGAACUUUGUUUUUGUUACUUUGUUGUGUUUGGUGGACAGGUUUGUGGGUCUGUGAAAGACUCAGCUGGUGAGGAUUUAACCAAUGACAGUCCAGACACGAACCAAUCAGAGACUCUUACGACAGCCACAGGUAACUUCUCUGAAAGUUUGAUCACUCCACGUGAGAUGUACAAAUUUUAAGAUGUGUGUUCUAGUAUUUUACACAUACUAACAUCUUUAGCUAAUUGUUUUGUCUUAUAGAAAGUUUAUAAGAAAUUUUGUUUCAUAGCAAUGAGUUCAAAUGUGGUAAUGGACUAAACGAACACAUAUAAUAUAGAAAAUGUGUCUAGUUGUGGUUAGAAAUGGUUCCUUCAUGAAGUUAUCUGGCACAGUACACUGUCUGCAGCACAUACAGCAGAUCUACACAGACUCGAAGAAGUUCAUUCAAAGUUAAAAUAAAAAAUAAUAAUUGAAAAAAAAUAAUAAAUUAAAAAAUAAAAAUUAAAAAAUAAAAUAAAUACAAAAAUUAAAAAAAAUAUAAAAAAUAAUAAUAAAAAAAUAAUAAAAAAAUUAAAGAAGCAGCAUUUUGAUUGUGCAAAUUUGUGCACACUCUAUUAUGAAGGAUGUAUUUUAAUGCCAGCUCAGACAUUUACUACACUUCCGGCACUGCUACUUGCAAUAGUCUUGGUGUUAGGAAUCAGAUAUUGCUCGGCCCCUUCAAACAUGUAAAGUUGCCUCUUAAGUAAAAGUCAGAUCUCUUUCUCGUUGGGUUAGACUGAAAACAGAUCUCAUAAUCUGCCUCCGCCGACACUGCUGUGUUUUACAUCAAACCUUAAAAAAGUCUUUUAGUCCUCAGGCUCAGUCUGAGAUGCUCUGGUUGGUCAUUUUUUGUUGUCCUCUAUAAAUAGAUUUGUAAUGGAACAUAUUUUCAAUUGGCAUGAUGUGCUGAUAAACUAUCUGUCACUUUAUAUGACAUAAAACGUCAAAAUAGCCUUGUGGUAAAGGAGUCAGGACACCGUGUACAUCUGAAGUGUUUAUUUACACUGACGGCUAACUGCUCACACUAAUUAGCUAGUUAACCUUGCCAGAUAUGACAUAACAUAAACACGGAGGGCUGGAUUGUACAGUGUGUAACAACAUGAUCCUCGUGAAACCUUUGUUUACCACCGCAGGGAAACUCAGAGGUUUCUGAUCACAGGCUUUCCAAACUUCAGGUUCGACUGUCAGACAACAGAAGCAGCACAGAAAACUGGGAUACAGCCGUUUUAGUCCAGUUUUGUGUCCUCUCUUGAUGUUAUAUCUGUUUAAAUAUAAACUACAUUCAUUACCCUCUGCUCUGUUUUUGUCCCUGCAGUGCUGAAGUGUGAGUACUGUAAAAACUUUGCUCCUGCCAGCCAGUUCAGAGGCACCAAAAGGUUCUGCUCCAUGACUUGUGCCAAGAGGUACUUCAACAUGCAUGAAAUAUAAUAUAUGCAGCGGGAGCCAUCUUAGAAAAGAUAGACUCUGCUGCAGGGAGCUAAAGCCACUCAAGCUUGCUGGCGAAGCUCAAGCGGCUGCAAAAAAAGCAGAAAUUUGAAAAGUGAAAAGUGAGUCAGUGGGGUUAAAAGUCUGAGGUGGCUACAGCUGCAUAUUUUACAGCAUGAAGUUUGUUAUCAGCUCUCAGUUUUAAGUUAUGAUUUUUAAAGAUCAUGAUAGCACCACUUCAUCCUCUGUGUUUAUAUAAUGCAUGUGAGUUUCUGUCUGUUUUCCCGUCAGGUUGAGUUUCCACAUUCUGAAUUUUGCUCUUCAUAAAAAAAGUGUCGUAUUUAUUUCUUCAUGUGUUUCCUCGUAUAAAUGAGGCACUGUCUGCAUUGUUUCUCUACUCUGCUUUGCAUUCAUCUCUUUGCUGUCUACAUGUGUAUGGAUCGCAUACACACUGUGGUGCAAAGAGAUCAAAACUGUAUGUGUUGCUCGUCUUGGCUUCAGUACCGUAUAUGUCACUCUUUGUCUACGAUACAGUAUGUAUUGGUUCCCCAGGUACAACGUCAGCUUCAGGCAGCACUUCAGCGUGCGGCAGGGUCACGGUCACCACGCUGCAGACCAGGAUCAAGGUCAUCUCUCCAACUCUGAUGAGGAGGGAGGAAUAACCAGGCGGAGGGUUCCCCGCAGGACCAGCUCGGAAAUAGCCAGCGCCAAGAUAGCAGGGAGACCCAUACCUGUGAAGGUGAGGGGGGCAAACGUUACCAUCUCGUUAUGGUGACCAUUUACCUGUGAAAUCAUGCUCGGGUCUGGAAAAUGAUCUGUUGCAGUGGUUCUCAACUGGUGGGUCCUGACCCAAAAGGGGGUCGCGGACACGUUCUGGAUGGGUCACGAUCAGCUGGUCAAAAAAGUAAAUGUUUAAUGCAAUAUUUAUUUGAUAUUUGAUAUUUUCUGUAUAUGCAACUUCAGUAGUUGUCGUCCUCAUGUUGUCCCCUUCAUGUGCUCUGAAAUGCAAUUUACUCAAUGAAACGAGUGGACUUAUGUUAAAGAUUAGAUUCUUUUAAAGGUUCUUUUUUCUUUUUAUAAAAAAUAAAUUUGCUUGGUUUGAAUUCUAUAAAAGUGGGUCUCGACUUAAGGACCACAGGAAAAUGUGGGUCCCAGAAUAAGACCAGUUGAGAACCACUGAUCUAACGUCAUACUGUCAUAAUUCUUACACUGCAGAAAGAAAAGAGUCCCACACAGUAACAGAAAAGUUUAAUGUUGGUGAACAUAUUCAGGAACAUGGUGCCAUAGUUAAAGCUCCUGUGAGGAACAAUCUCUCUGUGCUGACUUUGGCGCCAUCUUGUGGACAAAGUAAUAACCCUUACAUUAUUACUGAUUUCAUCUCAUCCUUGUGAAGGUAGUGUUCAUUGAAAAAAAUUUCCUCCUACUUGUCUUUUUACUGUGAGAAUUAUCACUCACAGGAAAUAUUUGCUGUUAGAAAAGUACCUACCUCCGUUCAGCACUUAGAGAAUAAAAAAUGAUAAUUUAAACAUUAAUAAUCUUGUCGGUUUUGAUCUGAUUUGCUUUCUUACAUUAAAGAGAGGCAUUACUCUUCAUUUCAGUCUGUUUUUUAACUUAAAAAAAAUCUGCACAGGAGCUUUAAAGCUGAAAAACACCUUCAUACACAAACCAGUCCAGACUCAGAAACUAAGAGACUUAAAAAAACAGCCUGGUCACAGUGGAAAAAACAAUCCUGUCCCAUCAUUUAGUCUUGCCUUUGACUGCUGAGCUGUUCCUAAAGCCUCGCUCUUUGCCUCUCCUCCCCUUAGUGCCGCUCUGAGUCCAGCCAUUCAGAGGAGGAGUCCAGUGGAGAGGAGGAUGAAGAUGAUCCCAUGUCCCUCUCGCCUGCGUCAUCGGCCUCCUGCCACCAGCAGCCUCCUCCACCUCCAAUCGCAACAGAGAACUCUGCCCCCAGCUGUCCGCCUGCAAGCCCCGCCCAUUGGAGCGUGGAGGAAGUGUCACAGUUCAUCUCAUCUCUACAAGGUUAGGCGAACUGUCUGAACUUAGGACACUAUUAUCCUUUUCUAAACGAUCAUUUGCUUUAGUGUUUGAUGAUAAUCUAUCACAACAUCAUUUUAAGUGACUGGGUUCACUGGUAUCAGAUGGACAUGGAACAGACUGAUAGGCUUUCCAAUAAAUGAGGGUCUGGGUUUUAGCAUUAGAGGUGCUCAGGGUUUUAUAACAUGCUUCUUUAUAUCUAGCAUCCUUAGAAAAGACUGGCACUUUUUCUUUAGUUUUUCUAUCACUCUCCUGAGGUUGUUUCUCGACAGAUUUUGCUUUAUGUUGUGAUUUUACCAUUUUUGGUUCCUCUCUGGUUCAAAUCUCCAUCCAUCUUCGUCGCUCUUCUCCUCCUUCUCUUUGUCACCUUUGUUUCUACUCACCCGCCUCCUCCUCCUCUCUGCAGGCUGCGAGGAUCUCGCCCCUCAGUUCCUGUCACAGGAGAUCGACGGACAGGCUCUGUUGCUGCUGAAAGAGGAACAUCUCAUGUCCACCAUGAACAUUAAGCUCGGUCCGGCCCUCAAGAUCUGCGCUCACAUCAACAGCCUGAGAGACUGAUGUCAUUGUUCUCAUAGAUACACAUUGCUCAAAGUCAAGCCCCGGGCAUUUACCCCAAACUCUGCUCAGCGUCCGGAGUCGGAGUACUGUAGGUGAAUUUGAGAGGGAUGCAGUCUAUAGCUGAAACAAAGCCAAGGCUCUUAAACUCGCACUCGGGCUAAAGCACUUGACUCUGCCGUGCACUUGUUUGCACUUGAGCACAUUUUUUGGCGUGGUUCCAGAGGAUCAUUGUCAUUCUUUGCAAAUUUGUCACACCUGUGAGUUGUUACAAAACCACAGAUUUCCUGUUUCAGCAGAUAAAAGUCCCCUAAAUUGCUCUUAUUUUGUGGUAAAACAGUAGUGCAGUAGGAAACAGCUUUUACCGUCACAGUUAGAACGCCCAGUUUAGGUUUUAUUUCUGUGUUAUAAAGUCAGAAAAGGAAGUUUUGAAUGUAUUUGAUCCAGGGUUAAGGUAAAAGUGACUACUUGCACAGGAUUACUAUUUUUAACUCGCUAAGUACAAAUAGGGCUUCCCCUCCUUACUUUACUUAAGCUGUGCUGAUCAUGUUUCAGUUCUUUGGUCAUGUUUUAUAUUUCUUCAGUUUAGUAACUGAUAGGGACUGAAGCUCACAGAGUACAGCACCUCUCUAUUUAUCUUUUUGAAUCACGAUGUACAGGAAAAGUAGCUUUGGAAGAUUUGUUGCCUUUGAGGGCAAUCUAAGUUCUCAUGUAGUUUUUGCCUUUUCUUUGACAGUUGUUAUGGCAACAGUUAUGCACCUGAUAAAGACACAACCAGCAUUUAAGUAAGACAGAGGUGCUGGAAUAAACAUGCAAAGAUGGAGUUUGCAUUGACCCCAAACUAACAAAUGAGUACAUUUUAUUUUAACUGAUAAGUGUUUUUUCCCCCCUUCUAAAAAGUAUAUAUUAUAACUCUAUGAAUGUAAAAACUAGUGCUGUGUCGACUGUGUGAAUUCCUAAAAAUGAGCCUUUUGAAAAGGGGCUCUUUUAUCUUGAAACUUGCCUAUGCUACUUUUAACAGGGUACAGUUUUAUUAAAAGGUCUAGGACCAGAGUCCAAAAGAAUCCCAAGUCCUUCAAGAUGCAAAAAGAGUUUAAAUCUGAGUAAAACAAUGCUACGUAUAAUUUUCUCUCAUCUUUACUUUCGUUUCACACAGAUAAGACAAAAACUUUUUCAUAAAACUCAACACUGUUCUCACUUUAGUACACUUUUGCUCAGUAUCUUUGGGAGUUUUUUCAACGGAGGAUGUUUUGUUGAAACUUUUCAAAGAAAUUUAAACUUUUAGAAGAACUCUAAUCUUCAUAAUCUGUUUAAUUGUCUUUUUUAGGCGUCUUUACAAAAGACAUGGCUUAACUAGGGGAGGGUAACAUCACGGGCAUGAUUUUGUUUUUUUGUUUUUUUACUAGAAGAAAUGCUGUAACAGAUUAAGAAUGAAGUAAGCGCCAAAACUGUGAUGGUGUUUACUUAAGCUUUUAAUUUGAAGUUACUUUGUGAACAAAACCAGAAAGUCUGUGAUGAAAAAACAGCUGGCAGCCACAUGUGGACCUAUGUUUGGAUGGAUGAUGACAAAUCUGAAUGAGUGAGUUAGUGUGAAUGAGAAAACCUUUAACUAUACUGUAAUAAGUGUAAUAUUUGCCUUUAUAUUUAAAUGCACAUUUGUUUGCUGGACUGCCUCGUUUAAGCUUUGUACUGUAGGAGUUUUCUCAUGUUCUCUCUCUCUCUGUGAACCUUGUGGCCUUUCUCACUAGUCUUACUCUAGGUUUAGAUGACAAUUGUCUGUUUUAUAACUGCUUUUCAUAUCAUUCCUUAUUUUAUAUUAGUGCUUACUUUUCUACAAUUGUUAUUUCAAGCAAUGACUUCUGUUGCCUUUCCCAAAAAACGUGACUGAAUAGUAGCGACCUUGAUUAAGGAAACUUUCUGUCUUCCUCAUAGCUUUGUCACAUAGCGUGUAACUACCAACAGCAUUUACCUUUUUUAGCUAGCUAUUUUUGGCUUUAUUAUUAGUGACUGUGGCUAUUACAGUAUUUUAUUUCAAAAAAAGGGUAAUAAUCUUUGUUAGCUGUGUGUUUGUGUCGGUUGCCCCAGGAUUUUGUCGCGUUUAAAUCAGCAGGUCCCUCAGCACAUUGUGAAAACCAAAAAGAAAAAGGUUGUAUUGCAUUACAAGGAUGGGAAAAUCAGACAGUUGAUUCAAUCAGUGUUAUCCCCCCCAAAAAAACCUCUAUAAUGGCCAUGUUUAAAAACAAAGAAUCUACAUCAGAAACAAAAUCUCUUUGCUUGCAAUAAUCAAAAACCUGCAAAAUCUUGGAGGAACUGAGUUAAAUGGGAGAGGCUAACAUCACUAUCAUGCAAAUAAAUAAUCAAGGAACUGUUUUAAAACCAUGGAGAUUGUGUAUUUAUUUUGAAUGAGGAACUGAGUUGGCAAUAAUUUAAGACUUUGGCUGUAUUGUCAUGCAAAAUAAGCAUUUUAAGGCAUUUAGGCACCAAGACCAGUCAGUAUCCUUAUGAUUUGACAGUCUAUAAAAAGGCAAAGAAAUGAGUGAGCAGUUCUUUCAGUGUGCAUCAGUAUUAUCUCUUCUGUACUGCAUUUCUUUUAUGUGUAACUCUUCUUUCUGCUGUUUGCCUAUGAGUAGCCUUCUACCUGUAGACCAUAGAUUAUAGACACUUGUCACAUUUAAAGGUGCAAGCAACAUGCAGCAUUUUCUUACAUAUAUUAUUCUUUAAAAAAAUAUAUAAAAUAGAAGAUGUAUUUACAGUCCAUAUAUUACUCUCCUAAUAUAUAAAAUGAGUGCUCAUUGUUCUUCAUUUAUGAUGCAGUCACCUGAGUGCUCUCAAAGUUCUAGUCAAAGGACGCUAACGACAGCAGCGCCGACAUAGUUCUGAUUGACGACAGCGCUAGCCAAUCAGAGUACGGCAUAGUUGUACGCUUCUCCAUAUCCCGCCUCUCGGAGGUAUCUCUCGAUGUUCAGUGGUUCGGACACUCUUAGAACUGUACUCCCA